GAAGAUUAUUUAACUUCAUCAGAUUGGUUGGAUCGCGCGUGGUUUAUAUAACUGAUCGGGUCUUUCUCACUAGUCCUCCAAGCACAUCCGCUCAAGACUAAGUGAAAGCAGUGUCUGAAAGUCACAAUGCGAUUCUGGAGUGCUUUUGCAUCAAUCGCGAUACUUCCCAUUGUCGCGGCUGAUUUCUUGACUGCCACAGUCAGUUGCGACGUUCAUAAGACGUAUCCGGAACACAGUUGGGCUAUGUACCCUUCGACGGUAGAGGCUUGCGAAGAUAUAAUUAACCACUGGACUGCGAAUGUUAUUCAGGAUAAACCCAGGGGACUGAUCAACGGCUCGUUGUGCGGCAUUGACAUUUCAGUGGAUCAGCCCAAGCUCAAGUACUAUAUCCCCUUGACUGAACUCACUGCAAACUGUACCCAAGGUACUGGAGGCAAGACAUGCAAUCGUGCGUCGGACGGUGCAUCGUGCUCAUAUGCGAACGGGGCGUAUUGCUACGCUUCACCCAUGUGUGCCAAGUCCCCCCCCAACGGAGCCAGUUGGUGUCUCAGACCGUGUAAAAGAUUUGUCCGUCUUGGCUCGGACCCUACAGGGGUCUAGAAUGGAUCAACUGCCUUCCGCAGCCAGUAAAGUGUUAUAUAGACGUCGAAUAAAAAGUGAAGUCCAUUUCCCAGGUUAUGGAGUCGUAUCGAAAACCCGAACGGAGAGCGAUCAAGAGUUCGAUAUGUAUUGGUGCUCAGGUGAAACGAGAGUCGGUUAGGAGUGAUGGAGAAAUGCUCCCUGAAAAGGGGGGGCUGGGAAGUCUCGCUCGCGGACUUGGUCAAACCGAGACCGGGGAUAGAACAGCCUAGUCAGCCAUCUAAUGACGGCCUAUAGAGGGGGGGCCGUUUGGC